GUCUAGAUGCCAGUUGCGGAGUCUCCAUCUAGAAGAGCUGUGGCUGCGGAGGAGGACGCCGAGGACAGCCGGACCGACAGACGCAUUGACCACUAGUGUCGCCAGCUCGCGCUGCCUCCUCCUCCGACUGUGCCACUAAGGUCACCCCCCCCACCCCCCGACCCCGAGAACCCAGGGCUGAGAUGGAAACCGUCCAGGAGCUCAUUCCUCUGGCCAAGGAGAUAAUGGCCCAGAAGCCCAAGGGGAAGCUGGUGAAGCUGUACGUGCUGGGCAGCGUGCUGGCCCUCUUCGGGGUGGUGCUCGGUCUGGUGGAGACUGUGUGCAGCCCCUUCACCGCCGCUAGCCGUCUGCGGGACAAGGAGGCAGCCGUGGCCGAGCUGCAGGGCUCUCUGGAGCAGCAGGCCCUCCGCACGCAGGCCCUGCAGGAGAAAGGCAAGCAGCAGGACACUGAGCUCCAUGGCCGGGCCCUGUCCCAUCGGCAGCACGCCUCCUAGGAACCUCGGGGACCUGAUGAGCGAGAGGGGAAGAGACCGAGACUGGGCCAGAGAGAGAACAGAGAUCCUAACUCAGGAGGGAGAACGCAGAAGCCUUGUGCUUUUUCCAAAGAAGCCACCCACAUGUAGAACUGACCUACCCAGGGAGCCACCAAAAGGGGUUUGGAGUUGAAUCUUGCUGCUGUGCAGCACUGCCAUUGUGAUGCUAUGUCCAAAACUGUAUCUUUAAGCUGUCUGAGAAUCUAUCAUUUUGCACUAGGGAGGAAGGAGAAACACUUUUUAUACUAUUAUUAUUGUUAUUAUAAUAAUGAUGAUGACUACCAUUUUGCAUUUUGAAA